CCCAAACCCUAUUUCUCCACUCGUUCCAUUACGCGUCUCCCGCCCAUCUCUAAUCCUCUCCUCUCUGGACUAUAUAAUACCCAUUCCUCCUUUUUUACUUCCAUCUCACUUCCAAUUCAACUUUCAUUAAUAAUCCAUUCUCCUCAGCUAAUACAUCUUUCAUUUCCAAUGGCUUCCAUCAAAGUACUUCUCUUUCAGCUAGCCGUACUCCUUCUCUCGAUCGCCCAAUCCUCCCUCGCAGCGAGGCGACUCGCCGACUCAGCUCAGGACCAGUCCUUCCCAUUUCUGUACCACAACGGCUCCCUGCUCACCGGGAAAGUGACCGUGAACGUUAUUUGGUACGGAAAGUUUUCCCCUUCCCAACGCGCCGUCGUUUCCGAUUUCGUCGCGUCCCUGUCUUCCUCCGGCCCCCGGAAGCUCGCCGCCGUCCAGCCCUCAGUGGCGACGUGGUGGAAGGCCACCGAGAAGUACUACGGCGCGCUCAAGUCCAAGAAGGGGUCUUCCCUGCUCCUCUCGUCGGGGGUUCAGAUCCUCGACGAGGAUUACUCUCUGGGGAAGUCUCUGAAGAACGGAGAUAUUCACAAGCUCGCCGCGCAGGGCGGCCAGAAGAACGCGGUCAACGUCGUCUUGACCUCUUCCGAUGUCAUGGUGGACGGGUUUUGUACGAGCAGGUGCGGGACCCACGGGUCUUUGUUGAGUUCCAAGAUUGCCCCUGCCGGAGGGAAGAACUACAAGUUUGCCUACAUCUGGGUCGGAAACUCUGAGGCUUCGUGCCCGGGGAAGUGCGCGUGGCCCUUCCACCAGCCCAUUUAUGGCCCACAGGCCCAACCUUUGGUGGCGCCCAAUAACGAUGUGGGCCUGGACGGGAUCAUCAUCAACUUGGCGAGCCUGUUGGCUGGGACCGUGACGAACCCGUUUGGAACCGGAUUCUUCCAGGGUCCGGCUGACGCGCCGCUUGAAGCCGCCUCGGCUUGCACCGGGGUUUACGGAAGUGGGGCCUACCCUGGAUAUGCCGGUAACCUGUUGGUGGACCCUACCACCGGUGCCAGUUUCAAUGCGUUCGGAGUAAAUGGCCGGAAGUAUUUGCUGCCGUCGUUGUUCGAUCCUUCGACGUCAACAUGUUCUACGUUGGUUUAAUGUAGUUUUUUAGUUUUCACCCAAAACGUUUGGAAGUUAUGAUCACAAUAUAUAUUCUUUGAUUCAUUUGUUCUUUCUUAUUAGCGAUUCAUUAUUCUGAGUAUAGAAUUAAUUAAUAAUUGGUGUUAUAUUUCUUCAUUUCCAGACUGUGCCUUUUAUUUUAGCGAUAAUACCGAUGGAUGUGGUAGGACCGUAGGAGUUGAUAAAAGCUUAAGUUUAAGAACAAUUCAACAUGGAAUACAUAAGUUUCUUCCAAUUAACAAUCACACAAUAACCGUAGGUGAAAGUGUUGAAAAAUUGUUUACUAGUUGGUCAAUUAUUUCAACACAAACUCCCAAUUCCUGUUGAAUCCCCACCCUCAAUGCUUAUUCAUUCAGUUGAUUGUGUUAGGCCCUUUAGAGAGUUUUGGUCAUUCCUUCGAAUUUUUCAUCACUGAAUCUAUGUUACCCGUGCAGGUUUUAACAUACUCUCAAAUUAUGCGGACAUGUUAAUUUGUGUAACGUGAACGUGUUUUGCGGUAAAUUGUGUAAAUUGACGGAAGUUACAUAAG